AGUCCGCGGUACUGCUGCUCUUCAGUUCGGUUCGGUCGGGUCGAGCGAACUGGCGGCGGCCGCGUCUCUCUCUCUCUCUCUCUCUCUUCCUCCAUCAGGUGUGUGCGUGUGUCAUUCGAGAGUAUAUCCAUACCCAUAUACGUCUGCGUCCUAUACGGCGAGUGUGCAGCGAUACGUUGGGAAAAACGAGUGUGUGCGCGCUUGUAGGUUGAAUUGUAAUAAGCCAGUAGUGGCCAGCCCUUAUGAGGGUAUUAGAUCGCGAUGGGCUACUACUGCCACAGUCGUGGAGGUGACUCGGCGCUUCUGGUGCUGGAGGUGCUGGACGCGACCGGAGUUGAUGCUACGGUCGUGAAGCCAAGGUCCGAAGAGGAGGAGUCCGAGGCUGAAUAAGAAGAAGCUGUCCUGGGACCACUGCUGCUGCUGCUGUUGGUGCGGUGGUGGUGCAGGUGCAGGUGCUGGUGUCAGUGCAGGCUUGACCGGAACACGGGGCUGGAAACCAUCCCGAGUCUCAGGCCGAUCGUCAUCAUCAGCAGCAGCGGCAGCAUCAUCCUCCGCAACGCCGAGUCGCCAAUCCUCACCCUAAGCAUGUGACAGGUCGAAAUCGGCGCGCGUUGGCAGGGUGGGCCUCGCCGAGGAGCCGUGAGCGGCUAUAGCCUGUGCCUCGCCGAGGAGGAUGCCGAGGAGCACCUCGGGCUGCGCGGGCUGCUGCUGUUCCAGCAACUGCUGCGACUCCGAGGAGGAGGCCGAGGAUGUGGAGGGCUGGAGUUGCCCUCCCUCUGGCCCAGCCGCCCCCGAGCUGCUCCCACUGCACCUGGAUGGACUGCGGCUAGGGCUUGAUCUACUCUUACCCUUGUCGCCGUCGUCACCCUUAUUGUUAUCCAAGAGGAAAAGGAAGGGAAGCCUAACCCGCCGCUGUUGUUGUUACGCUCUAGGAAGACGAAGCGAUGGAAGAGAAGUAGUGGGCGUAGGCCGAGCCAGGAGACGAGCUUGUUAUUGUUGCUGCUUUCGUCGUCGUGCGAUACCGGUCUCGACGGCCACUGGAACAUGCCGAUGAAGCGACCUGGACACCUCAGCUGACCCAAGUCAGAAGGCGUCCGUCACCGCGUCCUCACCCGGACGACACAGCCAAUAACCCUCCGCUGCACCGCAACUACUCCCCGUCGUCGCGUCGCGGCCCGACCGAGGACUGCAGUCGGCCACAAAACGAAGACGAAGCACACGGUGAGAAGGAAACAGAAGAAGAAGAAGAAGAGGCGGAAAAAGUGCCGCGAGUGAAAGUGCCUCCUCGCGCCCCGACAACCGAGCCACGCCCCUCGAAAAAUAAUUAAAAAAUUAAUAAUCAAAUCAAUUUUUAACGAUUGAUUAAAAUUCAUUCGAGUACAUCGUAAUAAAUAAAUAAAUAAAUAAAUCAUCACGAAGUUCGGACACCGCCGCGAGUGCCACGAGUGAACCGAGACGAAAGUAUAAAGAAAAAAAGUCUAGAGUAUAAUAGAUAGGAUAAAAAUUGUACAGAGAAGAAGUGCAGUAUAAGCGCGAGUGAGUAUAUAGGAUAUACGUAUAUAUCGCAGGGAUGGGGUUGAAGGUGGCAGGUGGACCCUGAGGGAUACAAGAGAGAAAGACCGAGAGAAUAAGGUGGAGGAAGGAUGCCCGGGGGCCGGAGGGGCCUGGUAGCCCCGCAAAACACAUUCUUGGAGAACAUCAUCAGGAGGAGCAGCAGUCAACCCGACAGCAGUUUUCUAUUGGCGAACGCUCAGAUCGUCGACUUUCCAAUCGUCUACUGCAACGAGAGCUUCUGCAAGAUAUCUGGCUACAAUCGGGCUGAGGUAAUGCAAAAAUCAUGUCGCUGCAGCUUCAUGUACGGCGAGCUCACCGACAAAGAGACCAUUACGCGGAUCGAGGAGUGCCUCGAGGGACAGAUCUGCGACCAAUUCGAGAUUUUGCUUUACAAAAAGAACAGUACCCCACGAGAGACGCCGCUAUGGCUGCUGCUACAGAUCGCCCCGAUCAAGAACGAGCGGGACCUGGUGGUCCUGUUCCUCUUGACGUUUCGCGACAUAACCGCCUUGAAGCAGCCCAUCGAGACGGACGACACGAAAGGUGGCCUGUCCAAGUUCGCCAAACUCGCAAGAUCCGUCACCAGGUCCAGGUCCGUCCUCGUAUCGCAAUUCAGCUCGCACCUGCCCGCGCUCAAGGACUCGGCCAUACCCGUCACCACCAAACAGUCCCAUCUGGGUCAUGUGAGUUCGGACAAAAUGAUGUCCUUAAGCGGGGACGUGAUGCCGCAGUACAGACAAGAGGCGCCCAAGACCCCGCCGCACAUCCUCCUGCACUACUGCGCCUUCAAAGCCAUCUGGGACUGGAUAAUCCUCUGCCUCACCUUCUACACGGCGAUAAUGGUGCCGUACAACGUCGCCUUCAAGAACAAGACCAGCGAGGACGUCUUUCUCCUCGUGGUCGACACCAUCGUCGACGUAAUCUUCUUCAUCGACAUCGUCCUCAACUUCCACACGACUUUCGUCGGCGCCGGCGGAGAAGUCGUCUCUGAUCCUAAGGUGAUAAGAAUGAACUACCUAAAGUCCUGGUUUAUAAUUGACCUGCUAAGCUGCCUGCCCUACGAUGUGUUCAACGCCUUCGACCACGACGAGGACGGGAUCGGGAGUCUGUUCUCAGCCCUCAAGGUCGUGAGGCUAUUAAGGCUCGGCAGAGUCGUUCGCAAGCUCGACAGAUACCUCGAGUACGGCGCGGCGAUGCUGAUACUCCUUUUGUGCUUCUAUAUGCUCGUCGCCCAUUGGCUCGCCUGUAUUUGGUACUCGAUAGGCCGAUCGGAUGCAGACGCUGGCGUCCAGUACUCGUGGCUGUGGAAGCUCGCGAACGUGACGCAGUCGCCUUACAGCUAUCUAUGGACGAACGCGAGCACGGCGCCGGAGCUCGUGGCCGGACCCUCGAGGCGUACCAUGUACGUGACCGCGCUAUACUUCACCAUGACCUGCAUGACGUCCGUCGGAUUUGGCAACGUCGCUGCCGAGACCGACAACGAGAAGAUCUUCACCAUCUGCAUGAUGAUCAUCGCCGCCCUGUUAUACGCAACGAUAUUCGGUCACGUGACGACGAUCAUCCAGCAGAUGACGUCGGCCACGGCGAAGUACCACGACAUGCUGAACAACGUGCGGGAAUUCAUGAAGCUGCACGAGGUGCCGAAGGCACUGAGCGAACGAGUCAUGGAUUACGUAGUCAGUACGUGGGCAAUGACGAAGGGCCUCGACACCGACAAGGUACUAAAUUACUGUCCGAAAGACAUGAAAGCCGACAUAUGCGUACAUCUCAAUCGGAAAGUCUUCAACGAACAUCCUGCCUUCAGACUGGCUUCGGACGGCUGUUUGCGAGCGCUGGCGAUGCACUUCACGAUGUCGCACAGCGCACCGGGUGACCUGCUCUAUCACACGGGUGAGUCGAUAGACUCGCUCUGUUUCAUCGUGACGGGCAGCCUCGAGGUCAUCCAGGACGACGAGGUCGUCGCGAUCCUGGGCAAAGGCGACGUUUUCGGAGACAGCUUUUGGAAGGACAACGCGGUCGGACAGAGCGCGGCUAACGUGCGCGCUCUGACCUACUGCGACCUGCACACCAUCAAGCGCGACAAGCUCCUCGAGGUCCUUGACUUUUAUCAGGCCUUCGCCAACUCGUUCGCUCGCAAUCUCAUACUCACCUAUAAUCUUCGACACAGGCUGAUCUUCCGAAAAGUUGCCGACGUUCGCAGGGAAAAGGAAUUGGCCGAGAAGCGGAAAAACGAGCCGCAAUUGGAUCAAUCGCAGGACCAUCUGGUUCGAAAGAUCUUCUCGAGGUUCAAGACCGAGGGGGAGCCGCAGAUCACGAUGUCAGGCCGGGCAAGCAAUCGCUCGAACCAGGACUCGGACGAGGAGCUCACCGUCUCUGUACUGCCGCCCUGGCCGAGCUUUAGGUUCAGGCGAGAGAGACAUGCGGCGGACGUGGAGAAGGGCGACGGCAAAGACGAAAAAGCUGAGACCGGCUCGCAAAUCAGGAAGGUCUCCUCCUCGAACGAGGAGACCGGUUCCGGACGCGCAAGGCCAAGCAAGUGGGGUCGGUUGCUCGACCUCAAAAAAAGUGGAGGUGUUGCGAAGAUGAAAACGGAACUGGACGACGAUCUGUCAGAUACAAAAAGUAUGUCUGAUAAGUUAGCAUCAGUUCUGCCUGAUCAAGACGCUAUUAUGGAGUACCUCUGUAAACUGCUACUAAGGAGCUCGAGCCUGGAUUCCGGCAGCGACGGUGGUGGUGGUGGUCCCGAACCGUUCAAGCGUUCGCUGAGCGCAAGGGACUCGCGACCGGGCUCGAGCGCCGGCACGAACAAGGUCUUCCCAAAACUGGGCAAACUCGGCGGUACGAUCGAGGAGGUCGCGGAAUCCGCCGCCGGUAAAGACGCGCCCAUCCAGAGCCAGACCCUGGCGCUUCAAGACUCGAAACAGCUGCAGCUGAGGAAGCUCGAGAGCUACGACGGCGGUCUCAUUACGCAGCCCAGCCACGAGCGCGAGAUACUCGCGGCUGUGCUCGAGGUGAAGGUCGAUCUAAAGCUGGAGGUUCAGCGGGUGAACCAGCGCCUGGCGAAGAUCGAGGACAUGCUGCAGACGUUAAUGACGCGGUUGCCGGCCCCGAGUCCGCCACCGGCAACGACGGCAACGGGGACAGGCGCCUCGCCGCCGGCGAGUUCGCCUCAGCUGUUGGCAUCGCCGCCACGGGCAAACCUGAGCGCGAUGGUCGCGGCGAUGUCAGGUGGCAGCGCCGGCAGCAGUCAGCCGGGCAGCGCCGUCCAGAGUCCCGUAGCCACGAGUUUGCCGGCGCUGCUCGUACAGGCUGCGGCGGCCCAGUCGGCGGCGGGAAGCUGCGUCUCAUCGCCCACCGGACAGGAACCUGGCUCCUCUGCCUCGGGGAAGCUUGGCUCCUCGCCCAGUGGGACACAGACCAGCACCAGGGAGAGGAAUUGGGUCCUAAUCAGGAACUGGGUCCGUGCUGGUAUAUACAAACCAAAAUGUAAAACCUACUGGUUUCUCAGCGAUCCACCGGCCUCGGCGACGGAUCGUCUGCUGCCGAAGGAUCAGUCUCCGUCGCCCAGCUCCUCCUGCCAGGCACCGCCAGGUGUCUCGUCCUCGUCGUCCUCGUCGACGCAUCACCACCACCAUCACCAUCACCAAUCGUCGUCGUCGACGACGGGCGAGAGAUCGCGCGAGGCCAGCCGCGAACUGUUAGAGCGACUGGGCCAGGCCUCGGGCUCCUCAUCGACCACAGCAGCCGACGCGUCGUCGUCGACUGCGACGACGACAGGUGGCGCCCUCGGGCCGCUGAUACUGCGCAAGCGCAGAAGCAAAUCGCGGAACAAGGGGGCGGCGCCACUGGCGCCUCUGGCCUCGCAACCCAUCAGCCCGUCCGAGCCUACGGAGAGCACGCAAAUGCUGCCCCCGGAGCCCAGCGACGCCGGAUCCGAGGAGCAGCCGCAGCAGCAGCAGAGGAAGAGGCCCGCGCCGAGGCCCAGCCGUGACUACUUGUGAAAGUUUUUCUCCAGAGCAGCGCAGGCAGAGGAUUUUUUUUCAAGGCUAGUGCAGGCGCGACCGACCCUCAGCGCGGCGGUGGUCGGUCUUGUGAUUUUGCGAUUCUUCACGUGAAUAUACAUAAAUACAUAAAUAUACAUAUAUAAAUACAGACAAAAAAAUACUUAUAAAGUUGUACGAAGACGAGAGAAGAAAGAACAAAUUGACGAGUUACACACGUUGUACACAAAGAAAGACACUACGGUCCCGCGCACGUGCACUCAUCACCCAAGUUGUCACGUGUGUGUCACCGCGCGCACCUCCCCCCUCUACUAUAUAUAUAUAUAUACUGCGUUUAUUCCGAAUAUACCCCAUGCCUUCGUGGUCCGAGGUGCGACCGAGUUCUCUCUUUUAUGUGACCGCGAGUGUCGUAUCGCUUGCGUUGACGCUAUAUACUACCCAUGUAAUCACAGUUCGGCUUUCGUGAGUGUGCACACUUGCGGAGACUGUACACUGUACAGCCAAGUGUAAAUUUCUACUACGGAGUCAUUGAAUCAAAAUUAGUUGUAUUUUUGCUAUUAACCAACAGUGGAGUAACUUUUUUUUUAAUUUAUAGCUUCGAAUCUCACAUUAUAUCGAUUCUUUUUCAAAACCGAAAAAAAAUGUACAGUACCUCACGAUCUCCGAAGACACGACGUUCACAUAAGAGCAAAGCACUCCACCUCCAACUCUCUGAAUCGCCUAUCGAACGCGCGUCGUCGCGUUCGCCUCCUGUUCUCUCUCCUGCCGACAUCCUCUGACCCUUUUACCUGUCCCCCUCGUUUUUCGAUAUGCAUAUAUACAUAUAACGAUAGCUAGCGUAAUUUAACAAAGAGAAGGGAGGAAGAUUAUAACAAAAAACAGCGUGUAAUAAAAACGAUAUGCACUCCGAAGCGAACAUUGCGCGAGACACACUUAUUAUACGCUUCUUUAUUAUUAUACAUAUAAUUGUAAUGAGAGUAUAAACGAUAAAACGCCAGGUUUUUACUAGGACUUUUCGAGUUUUAGGAUACAAGUAUAAUGCGUAUGCGUAUAUAAGGUACAUAAGCUUCGAAGCUCCGCGAAAAUUUCCCAAAAACCCCCUUGAAACAGUGAGAGACGAGGGAGAGUAUUGUAAUAAUCCAACAGACAAAAGUGUGCGUGAGAGUACGUUCUGCUGAGUAUUUUAGAGACAGGGAGAGAAAGUGUGACGAGAGUCAGAGGGAAAUUGUUGUUGAACAAGUUAGACGUGUUUCCGGAAAGUUGAAACGGCCUUCGAUGGCGCUCUCGCUUUGCUUCUUCCAUCGUAUACCUGGCGCGUCUGACCAAAUUCGGGACUAUCUACUUGAAAACCUGAUUCUCAAACAUGUAAAUAUUACGACUCCUCUCCUCUGCCGUGACGAAAAUAUUCUUACUCCAUACAUGUGCAAGGAAGAAGCAGAUGGUGAGCGCCAUCGAGGGCUCGACCACGGCACUUAUAUCGCUAAACGUUGUACACAAAACAAGCAGUAUGCACGCGUGCGUGAGCGCAAGACUUAAAAAGCGUAAAAAAUUAAAAAGCAAAAAUUGUUGUAAACAAAGAUACUCAAGCUUUGUUGCGGCUUGCGGCAAGCAGAUAUAAAUACCAGCUUUUAUUCUUCGAGAGACAUCGAAAAAAAAAAUAUAUAUCACCGGGCACGCGAGGUUGUGAGAGGUUGGGUAGAGAGAAAGAGCGACGAUAUAUACCCUAGGUAUGUGCGGGCGCCUGCGGGAGAAACAAUGUAAUAAUGUAUAAGGGUGUCGUACAGCGGAGACGACAGUUUCGAGAUUUUUUUCUUACGUUGGAAAUUCAAUAUUUUUUUAACGAUAAUUUAAAGUUAAAGAAACAUGAUGAAAGUUAGCAAUACAAUCAACGUUAUAAAUCAUGUACAAAAAGUAAAUUUUACGUUAUAGCACUCGGUCGAUACAUCAGAGAAGUUUUUUAAAAUAUAUUUUUUACGAGAAUCUUCAUUUCCCCCAAGGAAUUGCCCUAGAGAUAUCCGGACACGUGAAAAAGUCUCGUGACUGUCAAUUGACUGAUGUAAAAAAGAAGCUAUAACUGUACGAAGCGACGAAGAAAGUACUCUCGUUCAUUUUUUACACUCGGAGUCAAAAUAUAAAAGACAUAUAGGCACAAGCGGCGCGUCUUAGCGAUGAUACAAAAAAAUUAGUUCGACGCACUUUGCAGAUAAAAAUUCGACGAAGAAAUCGGCGGAAAAAAACGUUGAUGAGAUUACCGAGUAACGAACGCAUCGCGUUGCGCGCUUCGCGUAUAAAUACUCUGUACAUGUAUGAUAAGAAGUAACAAAUGAAAAAAAAAAAUUAAUUACUAUAUGGGAGAAUCGGCGAUGAGUUAGGCGAUAAUUUACACACUGACAUUACUAUACACUCUCGUUAUAUAUAAAU